GUCCUAUUUGGGUGUGGACAAGGUUAUCAGUCACUAUAUAAAAUAAGGUGCGAUUGCAGUUAUUCGUAUCACUUGUUCCAUAUCAACUGAACAACAUGAACUCUUUGGCCGUAGCAAUCCUUUUCGUAGCCGUUGCCUACACCAGCGCCAGCGGCAUUGGCCUGGGUUAUGGAGGUCAUAGUGCCAGAGGUGCCCUCGAAGGUGCUCUUGGAGGCCAAUGGAUCCCUGAUGUACCUGUAGCUGCUCAUGGUGCUGCCAUUGUGGGAGCACCCGCUUUGGGACUUGGUCUCGGACCAGCUGGACUUGGAUUGGCUGGUGCAGGUCUUGGAUGGGGCGUCGGAGGAUUGGGAUGGGGUGCUGGAAUCGCAGGUCACGGAUCCGCCAGAGGCGCUCUUGAAGGAGCUUUGGGAGGACAAUGGAUCCCAGACACCCACGGCAAAUAGAUGUAUAGUGUUCAUGGGGCUGAUGUGUACCAAUGAUCUUUUCUUUCUUUGUAAAAUAUGGUGUAAAUUUUCUCUUUCUCGAAUAAAUUUCGGUAACUCUAUUUACCACUCUUAA